AGAUCGAUUACACUGGCGUAUCCAGACACCUCACACAGGAUGAACAUGCCUCAAUCCACCCACAAUGGCCCAUAAAAUCAUCAGACAUAACAAGCUGGGUUUGAUAAGAUGUCUAAAUCAAAACAAUAAUCCCUUCGUCAAGCUCCUAGGUCUCCCCUACGGUACCAUCCCCCAUCGUUUCGCGCGCGCAAAGCUCUGCCCAAACUUCUCAGACAGCAAUAAUGAGAGAUACAAAGAUGGUAUCUUCGAUGCCACAACACCGGGGCCCUCCAGUAUCCAACCAUGGAGCAGCGUCAAAUCCGACGCUUCCAACAUCCCACUUCCAACAGACAACUUCCCAGAAGAUGAAGCCCAAUCAGAGGAUUGCCUGAAUCUCUCUAUACACCUACCCAGGAGGCUCAUCGAUGAUAACGCAGAAAUAUGCUCUGCACCCAAGUUACCCGUUCUCGUCUUUAUCCACGGAGGCGCGUAUUUCUUAGGCUCAGGAAAUCGACCAUACUACAGCCCGGAGAACCUCGUCCGCCACGCUAUACAACGCAGCACGCCCAUCAUAUUUGUGGCAAUCAACUAUCGUCUCGGCGCACUCGGAUUCCUGCACUCCAACCACGCGAGUGAUCUGGUCCCGGAGAACAACGGCAUCCACGAUCAGGUUCUCGCAUUCGAGUGGCUACGAAUGCACAUUGGCGAUUUUGGCGGAGAUGUUGAAAACAUUACUGCAAUCGGACAGAGCGCAGGGGCUGAAAGUAUUUCCGUGCAGACUAUGCACACGCCGCUGUUCAAGCGCGCUAUUAUGUUUUCCGGGACGCCAGUUACGAUGCCUACCCUGACGCCGGACGAGCACCAUGAUAAUUUUCUUGCGCAGGCGAAGCAACUAGGUAUCCGUGUCGUUGACGAGGCUGACGGUAGCGAUAGAGACGCAGAAUGCAUUGCAAAUGAUAUGAUAGAUGUUGAAGUGUCCAAGAUUAGAGAUCUAGCUUGGGUCGGUCUGCCUUGUACGAACAGUACAUAUUUUCCCUUUGAGCGACCGAGUAUGCAGUUGGUAAGACAAGGCAGACUGGCUCCUCCAAACUGGCGUGAAUGGGCAAAACCCGUCGAAGCGCAGAUUAUCGGGUCGACUACGUAUGACGGUGGGAUAUCCUACAACAUGAUGAGCAAAGACGGCAGUAGAAGCGGCCAUGCUGAGGCCUUCACCAACAUCGCUCAAGACGUCUUGGGUCCUAAAAAUGGCACAGUACUCUUAGACUUGUAUGGUAUCAGUUCCGCAGCCAACGAUACAGACGCUCUCCAGCGCAUCUGUCUGUUCGAAAGUGACAUUGGCUUCUUUGCCGCAGCACUGAGUCUCGCCCAAGCAGACCUCGUGCCCGCCACCUAUUUCCACGUCUUCGACCUUGGCAACCUGUUUGCAGGCCCCAUACGCAACCAUGGGGCAUUUGCAACGCACACUUUUGAUAUUGCUACGUUGCUUGGUGGAGACCAUGAGAACAAGUUACCCGCGUACUACGCACCCGUGCUUUCGCACUGGCGUGAUCGUAUUCUCGACUUUGUUGUCAAUGGAACGCCACCGUGUGCGAGAUAUACGAGUGGUGCUGCGGGAAACGGUCUGAUGGUUGACGAGAGAGGCGUAAGAGAAGUUGGCGGUGAAGUAUGGCUCGACGGCCAUGGCAGGAGACGAGCAAGGUUGUUCGAGCUGGCGGCUAGUAUCGAUCCUGACUCUGGCUGCGACAUACUCUGGCUGGAGGUAUGUCGACGCUUCUUGAUGCAAGGCGAGUAAAACAUCGAUGUCUCUUUCUCUGGCUCCUUUAAGAUAUAUAUCAUCCCCUACUGUUCGUCAUGCUUCACCCCGUUUACGUGGAUAUAUGUCUACACGAUUGAUUCAUCAGUUCACACCAAGGAUGCCAAAGACCAAACCUGUUGAUCGUCAUCAUCGUUCCGACAAUGUAGCCCAGCACGUCCGUCUCUUGUCGUUUGAUUCGUCACUCGGGCUUAAUAUCUCUUAAGGUCAAGAGAUAGAUAUGAGAAAUCCUGCAACUUUGCCUCUUUCCCCGUU